CACCCCUAUCUCGUUCACUCACUCAAUCUCUCUCUUCGCGUUUUUUUUUUAAUCCAAAGAGCGAGGAAGAGAGUGACACGGCGGAGUCGGAGAGGCAAGAGGGAGAGAGAGACAACGUGAAAUAGCGCGAGGCUAAAGACAUCCUUAAUGACUCGCGCCUUACGUGGGCCGCUUGGACCCGAAGCAGCGACGACGAGGAAGACGCUCAAGAGGGAAUUAUGUUUGAUGUACCGCCCAAGUUUUACGAGCUCUGCCGCCUUUGUUUGUCGUCGGACGGUGUCAAGCUGUCCAUAUUCGAGGAGGAGGGCACGCAGCGCAACUUCGCCGACAAGAUACUCACCUGCCUCUCUAUCGCGGUGAAAGAUGGAGACUCACUACCGCCGAUCAUCUGCCACCGCUGCGUCUACAAGUUGGAUGUUUUACACAACUUUCGGGAGGUCUCCCGGAAAUCCGACGUCAUACUCAAACAGUACUUAGACUAUGCGAAACAAUUGUCCUCCCAGGAUGAACUGGAAAAGUCCCUAAACAACGUAAAGUCGGGCAGCGAGCUAACUUCGCUACAAUCCUUCAUCCAGCUGAACAAGACCCUCUUCAACGACGCGCCCAACUCGCCUGCUAGUAUCAAUCAAAAUCUUUUACCCCAGACUCGCACCCAUCACGUGGAGCAACAGUCGACGUUGCACCAUCCGCAAGCCCAUCAGACCCACCCGACCCAGCGAGUCAUUACGGAGGAUCAGGCCGGGACAGGGACAGCUCUCGAAGAUGACACGUACUCCAACAGCUCCGAUCCCGACAGGCUCGAGAUCGAGGAUAGAGACGAGGACGCGGAGGAAAGCGACGAUGGUGGAGAGAACGGCUACGACAUGAGUAUUGGUACCAAGAGGCCCAAGCUUCAGAAAAACAGUAACAGCCUUGAGGGCGUCACUUGCAAACGAGAGGGUAGCAGCAGUCCCCCCGGCGUUGUCAGUCCCAUCAACAGGAUGGACACGCCGGAGAGUAACUGCUCGGAUACCCAGGUCGAUCAGGAGACGACGAAACUCUGGCAAGCACUUGCUAGCAAUCGUAAUCUGGAGAUCACGCGGACAAACGGGGAUAAGCCGAACAACGGCUUCAGCGGCGAGGCGACCAACCUCCUACGCUCUCUCAUCAACAACCGGCAGAUCGGCAUAACGGCAGUAGAGGCAGCUGUAGCCGCCGCCGCCGCCGCCGCCGCCAAUGUCAGCCCCGACGGUAGACCAUCGCCCCAGAUACGAUUCUAUAGGGACACCCAGGGUACGCCGACCGACUGCUCCAUCCUUGGAAAACGCUCCAACAUAGCCCCGCACAUCGAUACCAAGAAUACAUCGAUGGAUAGUAAUCCAUCGAGUCCAGCAAGUGGUGGUGGCAGCGGGGCAGGAGGGGGAUUUGGUAGCAACCGGAAAGAGACGAAGGGUAGGCGGAAGCAAAGCUAUCCGAGUAAGGCGCCAACAAGUCCCGUUGACUAUCAGCGACAGGAGUCUCUGGAAGAGCAGGCCCACGACUUUACUGCCUGGUCCAAUAAAAUAAAACGAAAGUUACAGGAUGAACAGAGACAGUCGGUGGACCAACAAGGCGUCGUGGGGGGCAACGGCAGCAAUAGCGUCGCGAAGAAGGUUGACAUGUCGUGUACGAACUGCGGCACAAUGACCACGACAAUCUGGAGGCGGAACAUGAAGGGCGAAAUGGUGUGCAACGCUUGCGGACUGUAUUACAAACUCCACGGGGUCAAUCGGCCAAUGACGAUGCGUCGAGAUACGAUACACACACGUCGGCGCAGGCCCAAGGGCGAGAAGCCCACCAGGCACCGAAAAAAAGGCGACGGCGGUCAACAGCAACAGCAACAGCAACAGCAGCAGCAACAUCAGGAGCCGAUGGACCCCGAAAGUGCCGAUAUGCUCGCGGCGUUGCGCCGUCAAAUUCAACCACAUCUGAUGAUGGCGGCCCUGACGACGCCUCCGCAGGCGGCGCGCGGCGUUCCGCAGGUGCGGGGCGGACCCCUCGCCGGAGCGCCCAUCAACUUCAGCAUUCCCCUUAGCAGCUUUAUGAUGCACCACGUGAAAACGGAGGAUGAACGCCAGGACGAAGCUGACGACAUCGACGAUGAUGGCGACGAAGAAAACAUCUCGGAUGUGCCGCUGAACCUCGUCGCCACGUCGCUUGCCGAGGAGGCCCACUGACGCGUCUCCCGCGGGAUUUGUGCCGACAAAAUCUUAAGCUCAUUAAGGAUCGCGAGCGGUCAGGCCAGAUAACGAGCGCGAACCCAUCGCGGGAGAUGCACAUCUAUAUUUUUUAUACACAAAGACUAAGGACGGCUGUACUCCUGAUGAGGUGACGAGCGCGUGGAAGCGAUACUUACGUACGUACGACGAGUGAAACAAGGGAGACGGGAUUAAUAAGAAGGGAAUUCUAUUGAUAUUAUAAUGUCGCAGUAUUAAGAGUAAAGAGAUGAAAAAUGUGAGCGCGAAGAGUUGAACAAUACAGGCGAAAGAAAGGCUAAGCGGUUACUCAAAUUGUACAUAGGAUUAAUACGUAUACGAGAAUGAGGAGGAAGGAAGGUUAUUUUUAUACAA